CGAGAUUGACGGGACAAGAGCUAGCUUUGCAUCAAACCUGACAGGCAUAACGUUUAGGUCGUUUGUGCGUCGGAGAAGCGCAAGCAAUAAGCAUCUUUUUUCCCUGUGGAUAACACCCUUAUAGUCUUAACUACGAUAUUUCCACAGCACAUGCUCCAAAGUUCCCUGCAGCCCGUGCCGCAGACCCGGGCGAACGUGAAAGGUGUUCCGACGCGGCCUAUGUCCAGCUCUAAUUAUCCUUCUGGGCGCCCUAAGAGCAGCAACAAGCGUACAGUUGCGGAACUUGAACGACCAGGCUCGGCGCAAGCGGUUCCUUUCCAACAGCAGAUGCAACCUGAACCGAUACCGUUGAAGUACGUGGUACAGGAGGCUGUGAAGCGCUGGUUUGAGGAUACGCUCCUGGAAGCUCAGAGGGGUGAUGUCAAGCAGCAGGCUUUGUUGGGGGAGAUGUACAAGGAGGGUUACGGGUGUCAGAAGGACGUGCGCGCUGGCAAGGAAUGGUCAGAGAAGGCAGCUGCGCGCGGCUACAAGAUGCAGGGCGUCUAUUGCGAGCUGUGAAUAACCAUCAGCCCUGACUGCGACAACGGCAAGAAAACCGAAAGCAGCAGUGCAUUGCGCCUGGCUUUGAUUGCCAGGCAUAAAAUUAUGCGCAUGGACCUUUUUUAGGCAAACACAUGCAUGUGGAUGUGGUCUGAGCGUCAUGUGCUUUACAUCUGAUCUCGAGAGACCGUCGGUAUCUAUCCGGUGGUACCUGUCGAAAGAUUCCUUUAAAGGUGUGGAUGUCUCAACGCCCAGGUGAUGAUGUGCGUGGGAGCAGCUGCGCAGCUCUUUUUCGUCUGAAGCAUGUUUUGUAGCUUGUUGGUAUGAUGGCAUUGGGUGCAAACCUUCUGAACUGGUUGGCAGUGCGGGGAGGUCGUCCUGAUUAGCCUUGCGUGCCGGCGGGAUUCAACGACUACAGAGCUGCGUUGUACCUAUAAUAUAGGUACUUUAUUUGUAUUGAAGUACUCAUUGUGGGUCGGGUAGGUUAGAAGUUGGGCAGAUUGUGGCAGCGCCCACAUGACUGCCGUGUCAUGCAUUCAGUGCAUGAGCAUUACGAGCUUGAUUUCGGUUGUCGUCAAAAGCUGGGAGGACUGCUUGUUUCGGAUUUGGAAGUAUUUGUGAGGGUGUGUAUGCGAUGCGGUUCUUGUUGCAGUCUCGUUAUCACACUGGGAUCAUCGGUUGUAGUCUUAGGCGUCAAAAAAGAAACACAGCAGAUCCCUAACAGCACAUCUGCACAUCGCAACGUUGGCAUAAAAUAGGGCUGCGGAAGCUGUCCCGUUGUGAUUAACGCUGCAUUAGCUGAACUGGGCUGAGAAACGGAUGCGCCCAUAUGGGGCCGGAGGGUAAACAGCCGGUGCUGGACGAGUUUUGAUAGCCGCAUUUGUGGCAUCACGGCAAGGUUGGCUGUAGGGGCCCCUUUCAAAAGCCUUACUGCCUCUGGGGUGUUAGAUUCCGAUGG